CUUUCAGUUUAAAAAAUGAAGUUUGGCUGGACACUCUGUUGGUCUCUGCUGGCCCUGCCAGUGAUCGUGGUCAGCGGCCAAGAUCUGAGCGAUCCCGACCUACAGUCGAUGCUGACCGAGUACUCGUCGGAGCACAUGACGGAGAGCUAUCGCUUCAGCUACGCCACCGCCGAUGGACAGUUUCGUGAGGAAACCGGAAUGUUGAUGAACCCGGGAACCCCGCAGGAGGAGCUGGUUGUGGUGGGAAUGUACGGUUACGAGACCGACGACGGAACCCAGGUGAUGGUUAUGUACGUCAGUGGGAAGGGUGGCUACAAGGCGAAGACCAAGUUUCGGAAGCUGGCGGAAUCGGAGCGGAAAAAGAAGCUGCUUAGUUCGCUGAUUGGAUAGGUCAAUAAAAGAGGCUGAAGCUGUGAUUAAAUGUGUGAUGAACUUUUCAUUGUGAGCUUUUUAAAAGUGCUUUAACCAAACCGUAACAUUUUUGACAAGAGAUCAAAUUAAACGGAAUACCAUCUGUAUUUGUA